AUGCCAACUGCCCACGACAUCCGCCGCAAGAAUGCCAACUUUGCUGCUCGAGCUCAAGCUGGAAAGAGGACGGCGAGGCCUGCAAGGUCCACUCAGAGACGAAGUGUGGGGACUUGGGUCUUGAUUGUUAUGGGAUUCUUGCUUGUAGGAGGUACCAUUGCCGAGCUUGUGCGGCUUUUAGUGUAUGGCGCGUUCUUCUGA